AUGGCUCGAUUGUUUCGAAAUCCUCUUCUUGGUCUUCUCCUCCUCUCGUCCUCAGUAGCUACUCAAAGCAAUGGCACAGCAACCGUCUCUUUCUCGCUGCCGUCUGGAUACACAACAUCAAGCUUUAAUGCAUCUGCACAACCCACAGCUUUUACACGAACCGACUUUUCCCCCAACGCUCUCGCAUCCCUUUGGGAUCUCGUAGGUCCCAUCGCAACAGGACCAGUUACAUCCACGCCCUCUCCAACACCAGAGCCCAGCUCUUACCCACGGCCAGACCCCCAAUACUACCACGCCUUAGUUGGCAGCGCAUAUCCAGAGACUAGAGACCUGAAGCUGCCACAGGGUUUCCGAUGGGGCUUGAGCUCUUCGGCGUACCAGAUCGAAGGCGCGGCGAAAGAUGAGGGAAAGGGACCCAGUAUUUGGGAUCUGUUGGCGCAUCGAGUGCCGAAUUUUGUGGCGGAUAAUACGACGGGUGAUGUUGUUGCUAGUCACUACUAUCUGUAUAAGCAGGAUUUUGCCAGGCUGAAGAGCUUGGGUGUUAGAGCUUUCAGUCCCAGCUUCUCCUGGCCUCGCUUCUUCCCUUUCGGCCACGGCUCAGUAAACGAGGAUGCGAUUGCGCACUACGACGAUGUGAUCUCCGAAUUGCACGCCCAAGGCAUCCUGCCCGCGGUCACGUUAUUCCAUUGGGAUACACCAUUGGCGCUCUUCAGCGAGUAUGGCGCCUGGACAGACAAGCGCAUCGUCGAUGACUUCUUCAACUACGCAAAGUUCGUCAUCACGCGGUACGAUGCGUACGUGGAUGAAUGGUUCACCAUCAACGAGCCACAGUACUGCAAUUGGCAGUACGCGGGCUAUCCAGCAGGCAAGUACUAUCCCGCGCCAAACGGUGUGACGGGAGGCAACAAAGCGCGAUUCCUGUGUGGUCAUCAUACACUACUUGCGCAUGCGAAGGUGGCAAAAUGGUAUCAUGGGGAGUUCAAGGGCCGUGGCAGGAUCACAUUCAAGAACUCGGGAAACUAUUACGAGGCAAAUAGCACGUCACCUGCCGAUGAGAUCGCGCGGCAGCGAAAUUUCGAUUUCAGCAUUGGAUGGUUUGGCGGGCCGUGGACAGAUGGCGAUUAUCCCCAGAGCCUCAAGGAUACGCUGGGUGACAUCUUACCGGAACUUACACAGGAAGAGAAGGACCUGAUCAAGGGCAGCUGCGAUUUCUACGCUAUCGAUCCGUAUUCGUCUUUCCUCGCAUUCGAGGUGGGUGGCGGUCUUGAAGCUUGCACGAGUAACCGCUCACACCCUGCGUUCCCUGAAUGCGCCGGCUCCGCGAGCAUCGCACCGAAUGGAUUCCCUAUCGGACCAGCUGCUGAUCCGGCGAUGAGCUGGUUCUACUCUGCUCCUUCCGGCGUACGCAGAUUCCUGAAGCAUAUCACGCAGGUCCUCUUCCCUUCCAUUCCCGACAUUGUCGUGACUGAGUUCGGGUUCGCCGAGCCAUUCGAGGCACAAUGGUCGAAUCUUAAUUCUGCGCUCUGGGACCUGAAGAGAGCGGAUUACUUCCAGCAGUAUCUAGACAACAUUCUGUUGGCGAUCCACGAGGACAAGGUGAACGUUACUGGCGCCUGGGGGUGGGCUAUAUUCGACAAUUUUGAGUGGUUGCUAGGUAUGUCGGUGAGAUUUGGAGUGCAAUACGUGAACUAUACAAGCUUGGAGAGGACUCCGAAGGCGACGUUCGUCCUGGCAGACGAAACCACCCCGAUCCCUUCUCCCCUAAUCGCCCCCGACAGCCCAGCCACUCCGAAUUCCCCAACUUCUACUUCCCCAGUAAUCUCUGCCCAUCCCACUACCUCCGAACCCACCGCGAGACCUCUCGAACAGACAGACGCCACCCUUCCAGACCCGUCCGAUCACACUACAGCCGGGAAGCGCAGGCACAGCUUCUCCGAGAGCGACGAAGCGGAAGAGGGUCCUGCAACACGCCGGAACGCAGGCCGGUCCACCCGCCAUAUCUCGAAGCGCAGGCGCAGAACAGACGGGACAAUGCGCCUUGACAACGACACUUCAAAACCAUCUCGCUCACCCUCGCAAAACUACACAAACGGAUCGUCACGCUCAUCCGGGCCCAGGUCACCCCUGGGCAAAGUACAGAAUGGAGACUCGCAUGCGCGCGCCGAGAGCAACGGCUCGUACACCAAUGGCGGCCCGGUAGCGAACCGCAGUGCAGUACCUACGACAUUCUUUGGCCACGACAGGGAAGAAGUUACGCGCAUAUUGAUACAGAGUCUGACGGAUCUGGGCUAUCAUAGUGCUGCAGGAGCUUUGUGCAAGGAAAGCGGCUUUCAGUUGGAAGGGCCGACAGUGGCGUCAUUUCGAACCUCCGUGCUGAAUGGCGACUGGACUGAGGCUGAAGAGUUGUUAUUUGGCACCAACACAUAUGAUGGUGGCGGAGGCAUCGGUCUGGAUGUGUCGUAUGGCAAGUCAUGGGGGAAGUCGCGGUCGAGACCGCAUUCGCAGCAUUCAGGAGGCUUGACGCUUACUGAGGGUGUGAAUCGGGACGAGAUGCUGUUUUGGGUGAAGCAACAGAAAUACCUGGAGCUAUUAGAGCAAAGAGAACUAGCCAAGGCGCUCACAGUGCUCAGGCAGGAGCUCACACCGCUUCAUCAAGAUGUUGGCAGAUUACACGCUCUUUCAAGUCUAAUGAUGUGCCAGUCUGCCGAGGACCUGAGGCAUCAAGCGCAGUGGGACGGGGCCCAGGGCGAGUCGCGGACGCAUCUCCUUUCCGAACUUUCAAAGUCCAUCUCUCCUCGCGUCAUGAUCCCGGAACAUCGGUUAUCUAUACUUCUAGAUGAAGUCAAGGAUAGCUGGAUAGCGAAUUGUCUCUAUCACAAUACAGCCGCUUCGCCAUCACUUUAUCUAGACCACAACUGCGAGAGGGAAAACUUCCCUACCAAACCUGUUCUCGAGCUCAAACACCACAAGGAUGAGGUGUGGUUCCUGAAGUACUCAAACGACGGCACGAAGAUGGCAUCAACAAGCAAAGAUGCAACUAUUAUCAUCUACGAAACGAACACGUACAAGGUGAUACAUCAGCUCGAUGAGCACCAGGGCUCAGGAGUAGCACACCUCGCUUGGAGUCCCGACGAUUCGAAGAUUGUAACCUGUUGUGCGCAGCCGGAGAACGCUACUCGAAUAUGGGAUGUCAAGACCGGCGCAUGUAUACAAUACAUCAGCGACUUCACCUACCCCUGCACAACAGCCGCCUGGGCGCCUUCUGGCAAACACGUCAUCAUCGGCUCCCAAGACGAAAAACUAGGCUGCGCCAUCUGGGACCUCUCAGGCCAUCUCAUCCACUCAUUCAGCUCCUCGUCCUCGUCGUCCUCAUCCCCUUCCUCGCCCCCAAACAAAAUCCGCCCCAACGACCUCGCCAUCUCGCCUGACGGUCAACGGCUCGUAGUCGUGUCCGAGAGCUCAAUUAUCGUAUUCGAUCUCGAGAGCUACGAGAGGUUACGUGAGUGGCAGCUUGAUGAUGGUAAGCUUACGAGCGUGAGUAUCAGUGCAGAUAGCCGUCAUAUGCUGGUUAGCGAGGAUCAGGAUAGAAUUCGGCUUAUGGAAAUUGAGUCUGGCGAGGUUGUGCAGAAAUUCGAGGGGCACAGUCAGAGGCAAUUCAUCAUCCGCUCCGCAUUCGGUGGCGCAGAUGAGAACUUCGUUGUUAGUGGAAGUGAAGAUUCCAGGGUUUACAUUUGGCGCUCUAACGGUCUGCUGAUCGAAGCCCUUGACGCACACUCCAGCUGUGUCAAUAGCGUAGCAUGGCACCCCAAGGACCCCACUGUAUUCGCCUCCGCAGGCGAUGAUGCCAGGAUCAUGAUAUGGAAACCAGCCUCAGCACUGCCGCUGUCUUCGAGUAGUGGAAGUGGGCCGAGUAACGGCUAUGGACGUUAAUCUCGUUCGUCCUCUAGAUCUCAAACGGAAGCCUUGAGGAUCGACGGGCUGAUACCGUUACAUGAUUGGUGUUUGCAUUACUCGGCGUCCGGUGGAUUGCAUAGGUGAUACCUAGGUAUAGCAGAACGGAUCUGCCUGGGUUUGUCUGAGUCUUUGUUUGGUGCAUUGUCGGGUUCUCACAAACGUGCAUAGUUUUUCACGUUAUCAUCAUACAUUACGAAUGUAGUGGAGUGUCCUGUCUCAUUGGCCGCAGAUGGGGUCAAUCCACUGUAUGUUUGUUGGUUUAUAGAUCGCAGUAGUGUGUUGUCAUCCAAGAGAGAAAUAUUGUCAUAUGGGAAGAGCUGAACAAGUCUGGAAGCUGAUACAUGGCAACUUGUGAGAACCUACCAUCGGGACGCUAAUAGUGAGCUAACCCAAUCAGGUAAUAAGGGUGUACAAACGUGGGGUAGCUUCCCUCAGCCUUCUCC